AAAUAGAAAAAAAAGAGAAAAGGCAAAAAAAAAAGUUUCUUGGAGAAGAGAAAAAACAUCAAACUGAAAAUUUUCAAAGCUAAAAAUCGCACAUCAAACCAAAAACGAUUGAAGGAGAAGGAAGAUGGCAUUGACGAAUUUCAUAGUGACAGUAGCUGCAGUAGGUGCUGUAGUUCUUCUUGCCAAAGGCGACGUCAGACAAUCUGCUGCUGUUUUCCGUCGCAAUGUUCGUCACAUUCGCAAUUGGCUCGAAGAAGAAUCUUCUGCUGCUUCUAAGGCUGCUGGGAAGGCAAAACCCAAAGAACUGGACACAGAUAUUCCUAAAAAAGACAGUACAAAGGGAGACAAGUAGUCGUCUUUGGCAAAUUGGUUCACCCUACGUGUUAACAUGGAUACAUAUGUAUAUUUGCUCGAAUCUUAAAAGAAAUUGUGAAAGAAUUGACUGCAACUUUUGUCCUCUAAAGAUGGCUCAAAGAAGUGAACAAGACUCAUGAAGUUGAUUUCUAAUUUGCUUGGUUAUAUUUUGUCUUUGGUAUGUAACUUCAAAAUCAAUGUCCUGUUUACUUUUAUUAUUAUUGAUUUUAGUUUCUUUAGCU